UGCCCCUGCUCCCUUCCUGUAUGUACUUGCCGUCUGUAGUUGCCUGGCAGUAAAGCUCAUACUCUAGGGACCUAGAGAUGGAGGAUGAGGCUGGUUGUGGUUACACAAUCCCACAAUUCAAAGAAAGGAAACAAAGCUCCUACACAGGUCCCUGCUCUCAGCAGCCAGGCUGGUGCAUUGGUGCUCUAAUUCUAGGGACUAAGGCACUGCUGCAAGGAGUUGCAAUCGUCUUAGCUCUGCAAGCCUUGAGGGAGUGUUGUGAAAAGGCUGUGAAGACAGAGGCGUCACUAAGGCAUAACACAAACCACACUUCAGUGGAAGAUACCCAUGGAGCUCACUCCUUGGUACUGAGCAGACUGAAAGAGAAUCUGUGUGGAAAUAAACAGGGAGCAGAGUGUGAGCUCUGCCCCCCUGAGUGGCUGCUGCACAGCGGAAGGUGUUACUACUUCUCAGAGGAGAAGAAAAUCUGGCAGGCCAGCAUUGAUUAUUGUGCAGCCAGGAAAUCCAGCCUCCUGAUUUUUGAAAGUGAGGCAGAAAUGGGAUUUUUCAGUACCCAAUAUGAAGAUGCUAGUUUUCACUGGAUUGGAUUAAAUUUCAAAGAAGGAGGAUGGACGUGGCUUGAUGACCCCAAAUUACAAGGAUACAGUUUUACCAUGAAAGACAGAAAAGGUGGAGGGGGCUGUGCUGCUUUCAAGAAGCAGGAGAUUCAUGCGGAUAGCUGUCAUUCAUCAUACAAGUGGAUCUGUAAGAAACAGGCAACUCUGCUGGAUUUCUGAAACACUGCAGGAGGACUAGCUGCAUACGCAAGCCUUGUCACACUAUAUGUUCAAAUGGAUUGCUUCCCAAUAGAGGGCACUUGUGACAUUCUGUACUCCAAAGCAACAUCCUAGUACCCCAUGUUCACCAUGGUGAUAUAAUUAUAAGUUUUGUACAAAGUAUGCCUUGUAAGGUAUCAUUCUAAAAGUCUUGAUGUGUUAAACAUUUAUAUCCUGUUGGAUUAUAUGUGCUGUCAUCUAGGAAUUUAAUGAACUUUUCUUUCAGGAAGUGCUUGAUGAGAGAAGAAAAGGAGUACUUGUGGCACCUUAGAGACUAACAAAUUUAUUUGAGCAUAAGCUUUCAUGAGCUACAGCUCACUUCAUUGGAUGCAAUUUGUUAGUCUCUAAGGUGCCACAAGUACUCCUUUUCUUUUUGCGAAUACAGACUAACAUGGCUGCUACUCUGAAACUUGAUGAGAAGAAAGUACAUGUAGAGGAAGGAAUAAAGCCUGAAUGUUGCACUGUCUUGGCUCUCUCUCUUUGUAUGCUGGACCACUGAAUGCUGAGUCAUUAAUGAACUGGUUCCUUUAUGUCCACAUACCACAUGGCUAGUAACCACUGCAGUUGUGUGCCACCCUUGCCAGUGGCCUAGGCUGGCACAUAUCUGUAACCCACUUACCACAGUUUUAUUCAGUGCAGAUGGGACCCUAAUUGUUCCUGUUUAACCCAGUUCCUGUUCUUCCUCCCAGUUCUCUGUGCAACAGAACAUCCCAGAGUGCACUGUGCUCCAGCUACUUUCUUCCAGUGCUUCUCAAACUUUUUUUUUCACAGACCACUUGAAAAUUUCUAAGGGUCUCAGUGGACCACUUAAUGAUCUUUCCAAAUGUUGUUUGUACUGUUAGCUAA